UAAAAAAUGAAAAAAGGUAAACCCUAUACUGCAAUCCACACGUCAACCCAUCUUUCUUCGUUCUUUAUUUCUCUUUUCCUCUCUUAUAUUCUUCUCUGUGUUGCCGUCGCCGACCACCGGCACGCCCCCGCCACCACUCUUUCUUUUCCGUCUCAGGAGGCUAUGUUCUUAGCCAAGUUCGAUCGAAUAACAUUUUUUUUUUCAGGCGCAAGAGUUGAUUUUGAGGUGAAGACAGAAAAUCCCACUAAACUGUUCGGUAAGAUUUUGGGACUUGGUUCAAACUUUAGCAUGUUCUUGAUUAAGUAGCUAUGACUGUUAGGUGGCCAAGGCUUUUAACGCCCACACACCUGUCUCAGAUUAUUAGGAAGCAGAAUAAUCCUUUCACAGCUUACCAACUGUUCAAUGAAGCCAAAUGUAGGUAUCCAAAUUAUCAGCACAAUGGUCCUGUGUACGCCGCAAUGAUCAAUAUACUUGGAAACUCGGGCAGAAUUUCCGAGAUGAGGGAAGUGAUAGAUCAGAUGAAAGUUGACUCUUGUCAGUGCAAGGAUUCUAUAUUUUCAUUUGCAAUUAAAACGUAUGCUAGUCAUGGAUUAUUGGAAGAAGGUAUAUCUCUGUUUAAAAGCCUUGGGGGAUUUAACUGUACCGAUAGAACACAAACUUUCAAUACCCUUUUGGAAAUACUCUUGAAUGAAUCUCAGCUCGAUGCUGCUUGUCAGCUUUUUCAGCAGAGUUCAUUUGGUUGGGAAGUGAAAUCCAGGACUCAGUCGUUGAAUUUGCUAAUGCAAUCUCUUUGUCAAAGAGGCCAAUCUGAACUUGCUUUACACGUCUUUAAAGAAAUGGAUUACCAAAGUUGCUAUCCUAAUAGGCUGAGUUAUUUGAUUCUAAUGAAAGGACUUUGUCAAGAUGGUAAGCUUCAUGAGGCCAUCCAUUUGUUGUAUUCCAUGUUCUGGAGGAUUUCUCGAAGGGGUAGUGGUGGGGACAUAGUAAUUUACAGAACCCUUCUGUUUGCUUUGUGUGAUAAUGGAGAGAUUGAGCAAGCUGUGGAAAUACUAGGCAAGAUCUUGAAGAAAGGACUGAAAUCCCCUAAGCGUGCUCAUUACUUGAUUGACCUCAACUACUGCAGGAUUAGCAAGCUCACCGUCACGGAAAUCAAGUGUUUAAUCAAUGAAGCUUUAAUCAAAGGUGGAAUUCCCAGUUCAGAUAGUUACUGUGCCAUGGCUAUCGAUCUAUAUAACGAAAACGAGACUGAUCAGGGAGAUAAAGUUGUUAGCCACAUGCUAGCUAAAGGCUUUUGGCCACCAUCCUCAGUCUAUGAGGCGAAAGCAGCUGCAUUAUGCAAAGAAGGAAAAGUUGAUGAUGCAGUGAAGGUUAUUGAAGAGGAAACGGUGAAGGGAAGUUGUGUUCCAACCGUUGCGUUGUAUAACAUCGUUCUGAACGGUCUUUGUAGGGCGGGCAACUCAACAGUGGCUAUGGAGUUCUUGAAGAAAAUGGUAAAGCAGGUUGGUCUUGUUGCAGACAAGGAAACUUAUAGCACUUUAGUACAUGGUCUUUGUCGUGAAAAUAGGUACAUUGAAGCAUGUAAGUUGUUGGAGGAGAUGGUUAUCAAAUCUCAUUGGCCUUGUUCUAACACAUUCAAUACACUUAUCAGAGGUCUUUGCUCGGUGGGAAAACCAUAUAAAGCAGUGAUGUGCUUGGAAGAAAUGAUUAGCCAAGGCCAAUUGCCUGAACUUUCUGUUUGGAAUGCUUUGGUUUCAUCUUUGUGUUUCAAUGUGGCUGACACUGAUAUGUGGUCUAAGGUCUUACGACAGAUACGAAGUUGUUGAUGUUCUGUGCCAGAGUAUGUACAGUAAGAUAUAAAUCUCAUUUUGGUACCAGAUUUUUACAUUGAUUCAAUACUUUCAAGUAUUCCUAAACUUUAAAAAUAAUCAUUUCGAUCUGGAUUGUUAAUAAUUUAGGUCUGCGGUGUUUUCGCUAGAUGGUCUUUGUUAGUAGUGUCAUCCUCCCCAUUGGCUAUAUGGGUAGGUUGCCCCUCGUUGCUGCGUUCUGUUAGGCUAUGGAUUAUAGGAACAAAUGUAGUUGAGUUAGAUAGCAGGCGGGUUACUUGUUUCACUGUAUCGAGAUGUGAGGUGCAGGUGGUGAUGAUCAUCCUGGGGGUAUGCGCGGGAGCCCUUGAUAGGCACUCUAGGACCUGUCAAUGCUCAUGAAAGUCCAAGUCAAUCAUCCAUUCAUUCAACCGAAGGUGUGGAUAACGAGGCCACCUUUACAGGUAUGCACAGGAGCCCUUGAUAGGUACUCUAAGAUCUACCAACGCUCAUGAAAACUCAAGUCAAUCCUCCAUUCAUUCGACCCAAGUCAAUCCUCCAUUCAUUCGACCAGAGGUGUAGAUAACAAGGCCACCUUUACAACCUUCCCCCUCAUGUCCCUAUGUUGUAAGGUAGGGCGGUUCGCCUGGGUAGCUCAACUACCCCUUAGCUCGGUGCUCAUGACGUGAUCGUUAACAAUUUAAUAGAGUGAUGGCUUUGAAAAUAGGUAGAUUCAUCAGUUGAUGUGAGCAUGUAUUGAAGCUAUACUUUAAAAUUUGUAGCUAGAGCUUGAAGUGCAUUAUUUGAA